UCUGCCUCAAGGUCUGCAGCAACGCUGCACACCGGACUGUCUGUUGCAAUUGCCCAGAAAAAAAAGUUUAUUUUAUGUACUUUUUUAAAGGAUUUUGUUUGGCGCUGGCUCCCGAGUUGUCUACAAUCUCAUUAGUUCGUCCGGCGCCACUCGAAUGCAGCAAGUUGGAAGAGAUGGACGAUUUUAUGUUGAACGCUAUCGUGCAGUUUUACAACUCCAGCCAAAACUGCAGCCUGUGUGAGAUGGAUUUCCACGGAGACGGAUCCCCUGCAUUGAGAAUAAUCAUCUCCAUCACCUACUCGAUGGUUUGCGCCGUCGGUCUUGUCGGGAACUUGCUGGUCUUUCUCCUGAUGAAGGCGAAGCCAGGGCGCAGCAAAUCCACCAUGUGCGUCUUCAUUCUCAACCUGGCGGUCACCGACUUUCAGUUCGUCAUGACCCUGCCCUUCUGGGCGGUGGACACCGCUCUGGACUUCAGCUGGCCCUUCGGGGGUGCCAUGUGUAAGAUCAUACAGUCAGUCACUGUCAUGAACAUGUACGCCGGCGUUUUCUUCCUGACGGCAAUGGGCAUUGCCCGCUACUGGUCGGUGUCGUCGGCUCUGAAGGCCAGGGGUAGCGGGCUGCCAUGCUCGGUCAAGUGGAUCAGUGCCCUCCUCUGGUCCGCCGCCGGCCUGGCCACGCUACCCACCGCAAUCUUCUCCACUGUCAGCAACACUGCCGGCGUGAACCUCUGUCUGCUGGACUUCCCCGACGAUGGCCAAUACUGGCUCGCACUCUACCACAUCCAGAAGCUCGUCCUGGCUUUUGUUCUGCCCAUUGCCAUUCUGUCGGUCUGUUAUCUGCUCCUCCUCAGGUUCUUGAGACAACAACACAUGGGCAACAAAAACACCAAGAGGAAUUCGACAGUAACCAGGUCUAUCACCAUCGUUAUGCUCGCCUUCUUCCUCUGCUGGCUACCCAACCACAUCAUCACAUUCUGGGGCGUUUUGGUCAAGCUCAACGUGAUACCUUGGGACAAGACCUACUACUCCAUGCAGUCCUAUGCUUUCCCCGUCACCGUGUGCUUGGCAUACACAAACAGCUGCCUCAAUCCAGUUCUCUACUGCUUAAUGAGGAGAGAGUUCAGGAAAUCUAUGAAAGAGAUCUUCUGGAAGAUAUCUACGCCGGCUUUGACGCACAAGGUCGCAAUACGACCCUUCUCCGGCCCGGUAAAUAACCGGGAACCCACGCACAUGCAGGUCGGAGUGCAUCUGAACAUUAUUGAGAUCGCACAUUACAGCCGAGACCGACUCUAACAGUCGAUGUGAAAACGGUCCCUCCAACUGCACCACACAGCCAAACCCCAAUUAACCGACUGUCUUGGGAGACUGCUGAGGGAAGGUAUCGGGAUUGUUGUGACGGCGAAUAACAACUGGAUAAAUCCGAUGUAGAAUGACCAUCUCGAAAGAAAAAGAUCACUGCUAUGAAAGCCCUUCACUUGAAAAUGUGUGAUUACAUGCAGAAGCGCGAUGGGUUUAGACUGAUGUUGAUCUCUUUACCUCUCAUUUUAGAGACUGCAAAAUCGAAGCUCCGUGCAAUGUUUUAGAGGUUGCAAUUUGUUCCUUAAACGAAGGCAACUUGUGAUCAUCAAAUUCAUUAGUUUAAGGGGUACGAGGGAAUAACUGCAUCGCUUUCACUCCACUUACUUAAGUCAAGGGGCGGAAGGGAGAUCGGACCGCGUCACCCCGGGCAGCCCCGGGUCAGAUGUCCAUUGCUUGUGAAUGUCAUUGUGAUGUGGGUGACCUUGCAAUGUUUCUACCAGAGCCUCUCGACCCACACCGCCUUGGGUCGUUCCUAUGUUGAGAAA